UGUCGAAGCGCGCCAUCAGUAGAAGAAGUGGAGGUAUUUCCUCUUUGGUUUUGGUGUGGCUAAUGCGUUCUUAUUAUACAUCCAUGGGCUAAUGGGCUAACUGCAAACGACUAGAUAAAACACUGACAGGUCAGUCUGAUGUUCACUGACUUUCAAAACUACAAUAGACACAUUGUUUGCUUUUUUUGUCGCAGGAAUAUGCCAGGAUAUUAACACGGAUACACUUUAAAGUGAUGCAAAGGUGCUCCAGGGCUCCACACCAGCAGUGAAGACUUCCAUACCUAACCUGAUGAUGGAGAGGGGAAAGUCAAAACUGCAAAAUAUCCUGGAGGAUGACCUGGGCAGAGAUUUAAUGAAUGCCGGGCAGUUUUGCUUCAGCUGUGAGCAGAUAUUUGCAAAUCGGAAAUGCCUGGAGGAACACUUUUGUUCUGCUGCAAGUCAUAUCUGCUCAUGUGGCACUGAGUUUGCUGAAUACAAAGACGUGCUGGACCACAGCACAUCACAUGAGCCAGGUCACCAAGUCCUUGAUCAUGGAACAAUACAGAAGCGCAGAAUUGAGAAGCGUAUAGAAGAGGAGCAGCAGCUGAAAAGACUACAGACUGGUGAGGUUGUCUGGAAGGUGCCUAAACUAAACAAUGUGCCAUCAGUGUCUCUUCUGGGGACACCUUUGCUGAAAGGACCCAUGACAUCAGCUCUAAUGCCACAAGUUCCCAUGCAGUCUCCGCAGAUUUCACAAGUGCCUCCGCUGAACAGCUCUCUGUCACAAACACCUGUGCUCAUUAAACCCAGUGAGAAAGCCAUGCAGAAAAUUUUUGCAGAUAUAGGUGCACCAACUGUAGAUCUUUGGUCACUUUACCAACCUGUCGUGAUUUUGCCAACACUGCGCACAUUUAACAAGACACAACCUUACACAUGCGCUAAAUGUGGGCAUUGUUUUGAGAGAAAAACCUCCCUCAUAUCCCACCACAGCUCUCAUGUAAUAGAUAAAAUAUCUGGCUGUAUAGGAUGUGGGAUGAUCCUCUCCAGCAAGAAAGCUGUACCCCGCUUUCACUUUUGUAAGGCACCCCACAGUACCACCAAAUCCAGAAUCAUCACUGCGACACCUCUACAUUUCAAGAAGCCAGUUGCCAGUACAGGCAUUACUCAAAGGGUUGAGGGGCCUUGGGCCACUUCCUCUCAACAGCUGAAAAGUCAAAGUCCCACUGCUGCAAGGAAAGGCAGUCAAGCUGGGAUUUCCACCCUGCAGCUGAAAAAACUGAAAAUCAGUGCACACAUUAAAAGCAAUCAGGGGCUUAAUGUCUUGCCGCGCCUGAUAGCAAGGGGUCCCAGCUCCUUCAGUCCUUAUAUCACUUCCCCUCUACUAUCGAAGAAUCCUCAUCCCAGGGCAUCCAAUAACGGCAGUCGAGGGCUUCCUGUCCCUCACUUCGUGCAGCUGAAGACACCCACACAGUCGGCUUCAGGUGUAUCAAACUAUCCAAUGCAGACAUCCUCUGCAUCAAAUGGUUUUCCAUGUCGAGUCUGUCAUCUUCCCUUUGAAUCUGCUCAGCUGCUACAGAGGCACAAGUGUGCCAGAGCAAAGGAGUUUAUGGCACAGCACGUGCGAGAUGGCAAACAAUACAGACUAAAGAGGGUGGCACCAUUGACACGCCCAAUUCCGGUUUUGAUGAAUGGGGAGAGAAAACCUGGGGUUUCAGCUUAUGGUAACAUAAAGACAAACCAAGUCAUGUCUGGUAGUCUGAACAAAGGGCAAGGGGCAGCUCCUGUGGAUGGGGAAACACGAGGCGAUACGGACGAUGAUUGUUUCAUAGUUGAAAGCGGACCAGACAAACCUGCUGAGAUGAUAUACCAAGUAACCUCAUCUGUUCCUAUCACAACUUGACAACAUUUGAAAUGUAACUCCAAUUUGCACGUCACAUUUAUGGACCAAGUGCAUAGUCCUGUUAAAACAAAAUAUAGUUCUUGAGGUUAAUUGCACAUGAACACUAUUCUCUCUGGGUUUCUCCAUAUGAUUUUAAAGAAUUGUAAGGUGACAAUAUUAAUGUAUCUUAAUAAAGCUGGGUUUCUUUUGCCACAACUGUAAACAAUCAGUGCCCCUGAAAAUGUAAUAAAGGUUUAUCAUAAAAUUCUGAAAAUGUAUGUACAUGGCUUACCCAGUUUUGGUGGGAUAACCAGGAUAUCUAUUAUGUUUUUUGUUCUUCAAUAUAUUUUUAGUAUGAUCAGAAUGUGUUGAGAUGCUGUGGGAAUUGGAACGCAAUAAGAGGAAAUAUGUGUUCCUACCACCUUUGUCAGACUUUGAAAGGUAUAUGUUGUAUUAAACUGUAUUUUCAAACUGAGUGUUUUCAUCAUAGGAUAAUGCAGCAUGUUAUAAUAUCCAAUGUUUUUUCACUCAUAAACCGUAAAAACAAAUGACUGACUUUUAAUCCUCUGGAAAAUGUGGUGGAGUGAUUGAUUGGUCAUUUAAACUGACUCUCCUCCACAGUGCCUAGCGCACUUUAUAUUGAUUUGACAAUUUCUGUUAUCUUAAUUAUUUCAUUUGUUGCUUCAUUUAUUAUUUAUUUCAAUUUUAUUCUGAAGCCCUAUGUAUUAGUGAUGCUUUCAUGGUCUAUUGUCAGUACCCAGCAGAGGGAGCCAUUUCAAAGCGAAAACAAGACAUAAAGGUGCUAUGUUUGCAGAUGUCUCACUGAAAAAGCUGUCCUGUACAUUAUUAUUAGUUGAACUAGUUGCAAAACGAAUGAUGGGGGUGUUUCACUUUCCAGCUUCCUUAAACCUUAUAUCUCGCAUAACACUAGUAUUUCACUGCUUUUACUUCUAAAGCACAACGUCUCAUAAUUCCCACACCAUCUGAAGCAUCCACCCUGUCUGCGCUCUCUGUGAUUGACAUUUUCCGGGUUGCUUUGUGCGGGGAUAUCGAGCAGCUCACAGCUGGAAACAGCUUUGAACAGAAGAGAAAGCAAGGUCCACGUUUACAGACCAGCUGCCAGGCCAAUGCACGAGUGUAAAAAGGGCCAAACUGCCUUGAAACGACCAACCACAUGUUAGCAUUUUGCUAGCUGGUGUUGCAGCGGUCAGUGAAUGGCUACGCAGAGACCAGUGCUGACUCCCCACUCAGACCUUGGACAUGGGGAGUAAAAUGCCCUUCAGCAGAGGAAGCAGUGACCAAAAUCCAGUCGAUCAGUUAGCUCCUGCCGCAUCGCAUCCUCACCAGACCAUUCAUAACGCUUCGGACUGCAAGCAGAUGCCUGAAGAUGAGAGAUGCAGUGAGGAAGACCUGGACUCCAGGUGGGGAGAGGAACUGAAUCACCCUGCAUCUGAAUCCCACUCAUCGGGGUUCGUGGAGACUGACGGCCGUGUUAACUUUGAAACAGCAGGCGGAACACUUAAUCAACACAGUGGACACAUAUUGCCGCAGGUAGGGAUGGAAGCAAAGUCUCAGAUGACAUCUGCAAAUGUGUGCAGUUCUACAACGGACCGUCUUGGGCAGCAUGUGGAGACACACAUAAAGUCAUUGUUGACUAAAGACAAUAAAUACCCAGAUUCUGCUGGUUUUGAUGCAGUUCAACAUAAGGAGAUCAGCACGACAAUACCUCUGCCAACAUGUUUAGAGAACUACAACAGUAAGGAUGUGCCUAAUGCUAUAGACGGGGCUCCUCGCUGUGUCCUUGUGCUGCCAAAAAGAAAAAGAGGAAGGCCACGAAAAACAGAAAUCUCAGCUUAUAACGCUAUGGUUGCUAAGACUGGUGCCGCUAGUUCUCCUGCUGCUUCGGCUGAUGCUUAUAAUGUAAGCCGCGCUGCACGGACACUGAGGAGUCAAGCUGAUCAACACCCUUCGACACAGGAUGGAAAGCCUGAUUGUGAUAGCAAGGAAGACCUCGAGCACAAUAGUAACAUAUUGAACUUUCAAGGUUUUAUGAGAAGAAGAGCUAAACAGGCUGAUCAGCGGGUUCCAGCAAAAGUGUCCAGACUGGAUGUUUCCCAGGAGGCCUGCGCACUGUUGAGCAACCACACAGGCUGUGGGGAGGGGGCUGAGACAGAUAAGCAGGUGGGAAUUAACACAGACAAGCAAGAGGCCUGUACAGAUGAGAGGACCUGUUACCUCUCCCUGCAGUCUGGAGGAGAGCAGCAGACAGAGCCUGAAGUUAUUCCUUCAAAGCGUUUGAACGUGGUAGGCCCAACUUCAGGAAACAUGAAUGACAGGGAGGAAUUACAAUCCAAAAGCACAUUUGAAUCACAAAAUAUUGAAGCCUUACAGAAAACAGUAGCCGUAACAAACUCUCAAAUACCUAAACCUGUAAGUGUGCCCCCUGCUGUGAAAGCUGAGAAAAUUGAAAUUGAGCUGGAUCCUUUAAAUCCUAUGUCAAAUAGUCUUGAAUCUUUACAUUGCAAUGCCAGCACCACAGCUGAGAGUCCAAACUACUAUUUCAGGCGCAGGAGAGGCGGCAAGAGAAGGAGGAGAAUGGGUAAUGUUUUGUUGCAGAGAGAAUCGCUUGUACAGGGCCAAACAGGAAGUGAUGACACCAAGGACGCCAACUCAAAUAUCAGCUACAUUAAAAAAGGAGGGAAAAUGUUGAUGAAAUGUGGUUACUGUGAGCAAACAUUUAAAUUUCAUUCUCAGUUCGUCAUCCAUCAACGCAUUCAUACAGGAGAACGACCUUUCAAAUGCUCUGAAUGUGGAAAAGGUUUUAGCAAAAAUUCCAACUUAAAUCUUCAUCUCAAGACGCACAAUAAGAGCAACUUAUAUAAAAAAUGUCCAUUUUGCAAGAUCAAAUUCUCUUGCUCGGAGUAUGCCGCUCAUAUGAGAGAGCAUGCACACAACCAGGACUUUGAGGACACCAGAUCUGAAAGAAGCAGCAGAGGGAACCACCAGGAAAAGAGUCAGGGGUGUCAGAGACACGUUUCCCCCGAAGAGAAAGAGAAAAAAGAGUGCCAGUACUGUGGUAAAACAUUCCCGUUUCAGUCUGCCCUCAUCAGACAUGUGCGGGCCCACACUGGAGAGAAGCCUUAUAAAUGUGACAUAUGUGGCAAAGCUUUCGGUCAGGCGUAUUUCCUCCGAGUUCAUGAGCUGACACACUGGUCUGUGAAGCGUUACAACUGUACCCGCUGUGAGAAAUCAUUCACUCAUUACAGCAAUGCUAAAAAUCACACCUGUAGACCCUCGGAAAGCAGUGACGAAUCACAACCCGACAGUCGUCUAAAGUCUUCACUAACGUACACGUGCCACAUCUGCAAGAAUAUUUUUGACCAUCUGCAGGAGUUCAACAGCCAUAUGAGACAACACACCGGCGCAAAGCUGUAUCGCUGCUUGUAUUGCGACAAGCUGUUUGGUGUGCUGUCUGGAUUUAACGCCCAUCGCAGUCACUGCAGAGGAGAGAAGAAUAACACCUCCAGCUUCGAGAUAAAAGCAGAAGAAACAAUGUCAUUAAUUCAGUACAAGGUGCCUGCACUAAGGUGUGCAGCAGGACACAAUUCAGCUUCUCCACUCACUGCUGGAAAUUGUGAAACACUCAAAAAGACAUCGGCCGCCAGCCCCAAGAAACACCUUGCUAAAGUAAGAAAAUGUUUCCAGUCGACAGUCGUACCGGCUCAACAACUCUCACACUUUGUGUCAAAGUUAAAUAAACUUGAUAACGGCUCAGACCCCAGGAAAUAUUUUUGUCCAAGCUGCGGGCGGCUGUUCAGACACAUGGGCCGACUCCGAGCCCACAUGCUCACCCAUGGCCCGGGUCAAAGUUACACCUGCUCCUGCUGCGGCAAGACUCUAAAAAACUGGAAUAAACUUUGGCUUCAUCAGAGAAUCCACCGACAGAGACGCGGCCGUUUUACUUGUCCCCAGUGCGGGAAAGGUUUUCGGUUUGUGGGAACAUACAAAAAACACAUGAGGGAACACGCAGAGGUGCAGUGGGUUCCGUUCAGGCCCAAAAAAACGUUUCGGCCUUAUGAAUGUGAUGAGUGCAGGUGCAGCUUUAAGACUCUAGAUUUGCUGUUCAGUCACCAGAUUUGCCAUAACUCAAUGCAAAAGGACUCUGAUUUUGAUUUAAUCAUAGUCAUAGAUGAUAGCACUACACAGUUCACCAAGAGCAACCACGAAGCUACAUUAAGCCCAGAUCCUGAAUUAAACAACUCUUUUCUUGGCCCUGUAUCCCAAUGUCCAGUAACUCAAGAGUUUCCUCUAGCGCCAAUGACUUCCUCGAUCCAAAGUAAGCAUCUGGAUUUGGGUAAGAGUACCCAGCAACAGAGCAGCACACAUUGUAUCCAAGACAGAGAAACCAGUUGGGACAGAAUAGAUGAAAAUGCACUUGAGAAACCAAUUACUCCUUUGAAAACUGUGAAAAGACAUGUAAGCCAAAAUGCCAGCACAUCACAUGAAGGGUCUGCAGAUGGUAUUAAGUGUGCUGUGUGCAGUAAUGCAUAUCCUGCAAUUUCAGACCUCUAUCACCAUUAUUUGCAGCAUGCUAGAGGCCAGCUGUAAUAACCUAAACAGAGACACAAUGCACUGUAUGUGUUUAUACUUUUUUUAAUACAUUGUUUAACAGGGGCUUCUUUUGUCCUAGAUCAGAAAAGAUUGUCAUUUACCCACAUGGUAAGGUUAUAGGAAAUAUAAUGCAGCAAAAUCAAAAUCAAAUUUUUUUCAGAGACAUUGAUGUACAUUUGUUUUGUUCUGUUCUCCAACAGGGACACCUCUUAGCAUAAUGUAUUAACAUUGAAAGUGAAUAUAUCCGUUUAACUCUCACACACAUUUUUCAUUAUCAAAUUGACAUAGGAGUUUUCUCCAUUAUGGACUUGUAAUAUUAUGAAAGCUGAAAUGAAGUUUUGCUCAAUAUUCUAAAGAUAUUUACUCACAAACACACAUUUGACACCUGCAACAGGAAUUGUUGUUGAACAUCCAUAUUUUUGUACUGCCUUUGAAAAAAUAUAUGUUCCUGCUUGAAUGUCAGGUUUGAUUUUGGUAUAAUCUUGAAAAUCUGUUCAAUGUGUUUCCAAGAUACUCCGUGUAUAUGGUUGUAUGCUAUAGUUAGUCUUAAAACUAAUAAAGGUCAUUUUUGUAUCUCUA